AAACAAAUAUAGGAUCUAGCUUCGAAGUGUCUGAGAGAGAAUAUUUACAGGACGGUGAUGAUCUGGAUAAACUAGCUAACAUACUGUCAACACCCCAACCUUCAAGCCUUGAGUCCAAUACCAUCGAGAUUGAUCAAGUAAAUAAAAUACAAGUUGUAGAACCUAAUAUUCAGGAAAUCACUCAAGUAAAUGAAACACAAAGCACAAAAUCUAAUGCUAAGAAAUUAUUGCAAUAUGAUAUCUUACCCUCAGAUGAGUAUUCUGACCCAGAAGAAGAAAUUAAUGAAUUAAUAUUUGAGAUUUCGGGCCGACCAUCUAUUGCCAGAAAUAUUAGACAAGAAACGAACCCUUCACAAACUUCAAAAAAUAAUCAGCCAACAAAUAUCUUAUCAAAUAAUGAUAAUCUAUCAGAAGAAAGCAGCCAGCAGAUUAGUGACAAGAUUAAUGAUAAAAUUAUUUCUGAAGAGAAUACUCGAUAUCCAAUUGUUCUGAUAGAGAGUGUUGAACUACCAAAUUAUAAACAAAAAUUGAAAUGUAAAUCUGAUUAUGAUAGUAGAGAGCAAGAUAAAGGCAAACAAAAAGAACUACCUGAAUCAAGUUCUGAUUCUGAUGAAUUGGAAGUUGAAAAAGCUCCUAAUAAAAAAAAAAAAUUAUCUUGCGAUAGUAGAGGACAAGGCAAAAGUAAACAAAAGGAACUACCUGAAUCAAGUUCUGAUUCCGAUAAUAUGUGA